GAUGGAGGAUGUGCAGGACCUGGGCGAGGAGUGGGACCUCGGCGCGUCCAUCCCCAAGGCCAAGAUGGGUCGCCGCGCUCAACAGGAAUCCACCCAAGUCGAAAAUCAUCUCAACAGCAAGAAUUCUGUCCUGACUGAAGAGGUGGGUCUUAAAAACUCCGGAGAAAUGCUCUCUAAGGCUCCCCCGCCCAAGCCACCCCGACGGCAAGGAGGCUGGGCAGACGAGUCCACGAAGAUUUCUAAAACCAAAAGGAGAGCUUUUGAAGAAGAGGCAGACCGCCGCCUCAAACAGCAGAGCAUAGAGAAAUCAGAUGAUGGAGAUAUUCCCGUUAUUCCAGAUCUGGAAGAAAUGCAGGAGGAAGACUUUGUUUUGCAGGUGGCAGCACCUCCCAGCAUCCAAGCAAACCGAGUCCUGACCUUCCGUGACCUGGACAAUGACCUCACCAAGUAUGCUGCAUUCCAGAUGCUGGAUGAUGAGAUCGACCUGAAGCUCCUCACCAAAGUGCUGUCGCCAGAGCAUGAAGUUCGAGAGGACGACGUGAUCUGGGACUGGGAGCGACUGUACACUGAGGUGUCCUCCGAGCUUACCACUGAGUGGGAUCAGCUGAAUGCAGAGAAGGAGGAGCCCAUAAAACACCCUGUGCACUCCUGAGUGUUUCCUUCCUGGGGCACCCCUGGUGGUCUCUUCCGAGCCCCCAACUCAGGAUGAGCAGAGCCACCAAGAGUUUUUAUAGAGUCUUUUGUAAUAAAAGUAUUUUUUU